GGAGCGGAAAAAGCCUGUAUAAUGGGCCAUUUAACAUUGUUGAAACAUAGUUAUUGGUAGCCAGCACAAGGCAAUUAAUCAAGGCAUCAUCUAUUAACAAUUUCAAGAAGUGUAAUAGCUCCAGACUGUUCUUUUGAAUAUACAACUUUGCAUGAACUGUAAAUGGGACAACUUAUGGCUGAGACUCCUCCUGUGUCCAAUUCUCCACAUCAAAUUGAUUUUAAUUGUGAAUUUCUGGCACAAAGUAAAUCAUUAAAAGAGAAGUCACUUCGCCUUCAUGAAAUUAAUGUGCGAAGUUAAGAUUAAUUUGGCGAAAAAAUCACCCACUUCGCCCACUCGCGAGACCCCUGGUUGUAUAUUUGCAGUUGUGUCUUACUCUCAAAGAUCUACUAUGGAUAAUAGCUCAGACCCGGAGUAUACGCAGAGGGUCUUCCAAAGCCUUCUUCGGAAGGAGAAUAUGUCCCUGGUAGCUCUAAACACAUCACACACAGACACAGAGCCCUCCAGUCAAUCACAGAUCAGACAUACAGUGAAGAUCAUUCAGUCAAAUGGUUCACCUUUGGUUGCAACCCCAUCUAGGAAACAUGCAGUUGGAAGUAAACAAGGGCCAACCCAAAGCUCCAGCGUACUGGGAAAAUCAAAAAAAGAGAGCAGUAUCCUUGGAUACCGUAAGAAGCCUGCGGGGGGUGGACGUAGGCGACCUGGCAGCCUGGCUGGCGACCCUUACUACCAGAAGUGGACGUAUCUGAAGAAAUAUGUCAAAGACAUGGUGUUUAUGAAUGCGGCUAUAUGUGAUGAAGUUGUGAGACAGGAUGAAAAGCUGGCCAAGGCUAGGGAGGAAAGAAGUUUUCUGCUGCGUAAGCUGAUUCACUACCAGUCCAUGUCUGAGAUUCAGCCCAUACCAGGGGGGAGCACUCUACCAGUCUCCUCUCUGAAGAGUCUCACUGAGGAGUUAGGUCCCCUGGCUAAAGGGAAAUCCAAGAAGAAGGCUGGAGAGGGAAAGGUGAAAAAUGCAAAAGAUCUACUUGAUGGCAUGGGAGGGAAGGGCAAGUCAGCCAAGAAGGGUAAAGCCAGUACAGGCAAGCUGGUGGUGCCUCCCAUACCACUGGACAAUCUGGGGCGUCCUAUAUUCCCCAUCAACAUUGGUGACCUCACUGUGCAUAGCGUCGGAGAGAUAAUUCCAGACAGGCCUGGAUUUCACACUUCCAACAGCAUCUUUCCCGUCGGUUUUUGCAGUACCAGGAUGUACGGAAGUCUGAAUGCUCCAGAGAGACAGUGCCUGUAUACUUGCAAGAUAUCAGAUGGUGGAAAUGGACCUAUGUUUGAGAUAGUUCCUGAUGACGAUGCUCAGCUCUUCAAGAGCAGGUUUCUGUCUGAGUGUCAUAGCCAGAUGUUAAGGGCCCUUAAUCAGGCCAGAGGAACCAAGAUAGUUGAGACCACAGGAAAGGGCCCAGAGUUCUUCGGACUGACCCACCCUGUGGUUCAGAACCUGAUACAGAGCUGCCCCGGGGCCAAGAAGUGUAAUGGCUACAAGUGGAUCAAGUUUGAGGUGAACAAGGCACUCAUGAUCGAGAAGUUGCCCAGUUUCUCUGAGGACCCUUCAGUCAGUCACACAGCUCUCAGGUUGAGACUCACAGCCAUGCAGGAGCAAGGGCAGUCCAACCUGCGCACAUUGCUUACUGGUUCCCUCUUGGAUCCAGCAAAACUUACAACAUGAGUGGGUGAAUGUUGGAGCUGGGAACCAUGCAGAUUGCAUCCAUGUUUCAACAUGGGAAUAGUCCACAUUCCAUACACACAUUUCAGCACACUAAUUUCCUACAUCUGAUGGAAAUAUUUGAUUGAACGACCUACAUUUGAUGUGGACAUUUCUACAUUGGAGGGACCUGCAUUUGACAGAAAUUUCAAAACGGGCACCAUCUGCAUUUCAUAGACAUUUCAACAUGGGAACCAUCUCAAUUUGAUAGACAUUUCCACACAGGAACCAUCUGAAUUUAAACAGACAUUUCUUCAUAUUACACCACUUAUGAAUGUUGCUGUUCAAUAUCAUUCAUUCUAACAGAGGGACAGUUUUUGGUUGAUUGAGAAUUUUUUAGUGCAAUACUUUGAUAUUUGACUGCAAUGAUUGUAUGCAAGUUAUUUCUGGUGUAUUGAAAUUGAACGAGGCUUCAGCAAAUGUGCAAAAAUGCAAUUCCUGCAUUUUUUUCUGUAAUCAGCCAGUAAAAUAGUGUCUUUUUUUCUAUGUUUUAAUACUGUGUGUGUAAACAAUGUUGUUAAUUUGACCUACAAUUAAAACAAAGUCAAUGUCAAGUAUCAACAUAGUGUUUAUACACUGAUUGAUAAAUACAUUUACACCCAUUUGUAUGCAUAAAUACAUUAAACAUGAACAAAUAUAUCAAUGAAAAAGUA